AUGAAGUGGCCCGAUAUCGUGAGCCCGACCCUCUCCGCCAUCCACCAAGAGCCCCAGAGACUCCCCCUAGCAUGUCUCUCGCAGUAUCUCGAAAUCUACCAGGUCCGCGGAUACGGCAUCUGGCCAGUGAUCGAUGUCCAAGUCCUCACUGCGCGCCUCAUCACGCACCCCCACGACCUGGAAGCAUAUGCACUAGCCACCUCCAUAUGUGCCGCCAUCGUCAGCCAGUUCUCCAUUGACGUUGAGCCCGGAAGUCCAGUCGAAGGCCAUUACCGCGUCUCCAGCAACGCAUUCGAAUUAGAGGCCAAAAAAGCAAGGAACGAAUCCGACCACCUGGAAAACGUCACCAUGUACUCUCUGCUAAGCAGCUUCUUCCUGCAUGUGUACUCGGCCAACGUCGGCCGCAUGAAUGCCUCGACGGUUUUGCUCGGAGAGGCCAUCUUCAAAGCCCAUAUUCUGGGCUUACAUAAACCAACCCACUACCAGCACCUGGACGUGGAGCAGACACAGGCUGCUUUGAGGGUCUACUGGCUCCUCUUCAUCACGGAGCGAGCCCAUUCCCUGCAGCACGAUGUUCCGACGACACUGAAGCGCUCACCCGAUCUGCCAAGACUCGAGGAUUUGCAUGACGGAUCCGUCACACCUGCCUUUGUCCAGCUUUGCCGACUAUUCAACAUUCUCGAUGUCACCAUCACGGCCGAUCCUGCAAGCGCGCGCCGAGCGCUGGCUUCCGCCCAGCAGCAGCUCAGCUGCGACGAAGACCCCCGCAGUCUCGAAAACGAACUCCAGCGCGCAGACAUCUCCAUGACGCAGCAAUGGAUGCGUAUUUUCCUAUGGCAACACGCGCUCAAUGUCACCAACUUGAGCAGUCGAGCAAGCCAAGAUGAAGAAUUCUCGUUUCGCUUCCCUGCCAAAAUCGCUCAAAACGUGCUCAACAAUCUAAGCAGUCUUUCGCGCCAAAGUGUUGAGGCUCACGGGCCUGGCAUGGAGUCCAAGCUGUUUGAUGUAGCCAACUCGCUUGCCGAUGUCAUGAUGAUCAUGCCGUCACUAAACCACGAGACGCAUUUCGAUAUUGGCCCUAGAGAUCUCAUCCAUUCUCUCGCUCAGGUGCUCGCUGGCUUCCGUGGCGGUAAUCCUGCCGUCAUGAGCAUACUACAGGAUAAACUUACCACCCUUGGACUUGGUGUUGGAUCGCCACAGAGGUUACUCGAGCUUUCAUCGCCCGAAGAAGACCAAGACGAGUUCCCAAGUGUACCCCUCUCAGCCUCGCCAGCCUAUGUACCAUCGGUAUGCGACCCUCCGUUGAUGUCUCCUCUUCCACCCGCUAUGAACAUGUAUGGAGGAUAUUGA